AUGUCUGCCGCCGCCAAGCCCGCCGCCAAGAAGGCCGCCACCAAGAAGGCCGCUGGUUCCAGCGUCUCCUACGAGGCCAUGAUCAAGGAGGCCAUCCUUGCCCAUCCCGCCGAGGCCCGUGCUGGCAUUGGUCGUGCAACCAUCAAAAAGUACAUCCAGUCUCACCACCCCGAAACUGCCAAGGGCUCCGAGGCCACCUUCAACACCCGUGUCAACCAGGCCAUCACCCGUGGCGCCCAGAAGAAGACCUUUGUCCUUCCCAAGGGACCUUCGGGCAAGGUCAAGCUCGCCCCCAAGGCCAAGGUCGAGAAGAAGCCCGCCACCACCCCCAUCACCACCACCGCCGCCGUCGCCAAGAAGCCUGCUGCCAAGAAGGUUGCUGCUAAGAAGCCUGCCGCUGCCAAGAAGCCCGCUGCCAAGAAGACCGCCGCUAAGAAGCCCGCUGCCAAGAAGGUCGCUUCGUCAACGACCACCAAGGCCAAGAAGCCUGCUGCCAAGAAGGUUGCCAAGCCUGCGGCUAAGAAGGCCGCCCCCGCCAAGAAGGCAUAA